AUGCCUACAAAGGCCGAGAGAUUGGCCGAACUGAGGGCCCUUCGCGCCUCAGGGAAGAAGCGAAUUUCAACAUACGAGGUCGAGGACCAAGGCGACAUUUACGAUGAAGUGGACGACGAUGGCUACAAGAAAGUCAUUCGAAACCGACUCGACCAGGACGACUUUGUUGUCGAUGAUAACGGUGCCGGAUAUGCGGACGACGGUCGUGAAGUCUGGAAUGAACAGACAGCUGAAUACGCCAGUGAUGACAGCGAUGAAUUGCCAGCACGCGGCAAGGCCGCCAAACGAAAAAGAGAGGAGGAGCAGCAGCGCAAGCAAAAAAUGAACAAUGGCAUCUCCAAAUAUUUUAACCAAGGACAAGCGGCGUCUGCCGCCCCUAAGCCCAAGCCCGUUGCUACUGCAGAGGAUGACGCAUUCAUGGCCGAUCUCCUCGGAGAAGUCGACACCAACGUUGUCUCAAGACACGCCCCGACUCGAAACGUCGUCAAGUCAGAGGCCCGCCGCAAAGUUCGCGUUCUCUCCCCACCACUGUCCGAAAAGCGUCGCCGCGAGAAGGCCCGCGUGCCAGACGAGAACGACAUGCCAAGCUCACCAAUGAAAGACCAAGCCCUCCAUUCCGACGACCUCGACGAUGGCCCUCUCCCGAUGCCCGAUGAUGACGUCCCCAUGAGCGACAUUUUGCCCUCCUCUCCAAUCAGCAAAGCAGUUGAGCGUAAGAACACCGCCAUCGUCAAGCCCGAACAGCCUGAAGACGACGACAUAGAUCUCAUGGACGUCGCAGAGGUGACAGGAGACUCUGGUGUCAAGGCGGAAACCAUCAAUAUGACCGGCAGCAGGCCGCCUCCGAAGAUCAAGCCAGAGGCUGUUGCUGAACCCGCAAGCUCGUCUCCCGUCAAGUCCAUGCCACAAGUCAUGGAUGCCUCUUGGAACGACGUGCGCAACAAGUUGAAUGUUCUCAACAGCGCAGCUCCGGAAAUGCGGUCUUUCGGCAAGCUUAGUGCCCAGGACGUUGUUGAAGAGGAUGGCAGUCUGCGCAUAUUCUGGCUGGACUACACGGAAGUCAAUGGUAGUCUUUGUCUAUUUGGAAAAGUUAAGAACAAGAAGGACGGAACCUACACCAGUGCCUUUGUGAAGAUUGACAACAUUCUGCGAAAGCUGUUCUUCCUUCCUCGUGAAUACCGCCACAAGCAUGGACGGGCGACCGAGGAAGAAGUUGGCAUGGAAGAUGUCUACUCCGAGGUUGAUGAGAUGAUGACGAGGCUCAAAGUCGGCAUGCACAAGAUCAAGCCUUCGAAGCGCAAGUAUGCCUUUGAAAUGCCGGGAGUACCAAAAGAGGAGACAGACUAUCUCAAGCUCUUGUACCCUUACGACAAACCCGUCUUGCCAAUGGAGACCAAAGGAGAGACAUUCUCUAAUGUUUUCGGCACAAACACCUCGCUGUUCGAACAAUUCGUGCUGUGGAAGAACAUCAUGGGCCCGUGCUGGCUCAAGAUCGACCAAGCUGACUUUGCCGCUGUGACCAACGCCUCUUGGUGCAAGUUCGAAUGCCAGGCCACCAAACCCGCACUCAUCAGCCCCGUGUCAGACUCCGAAAAUCUGGAUACUCCCCCAUUGACCUUUAUGAGUCUUGCUUUCCGAACACAACUCAAUGUCAAAGAAAACAAGCAGGAGAUAUUGGUGGCGAGUGCCAGAGUGUAUGAGGACGUCUCUCUUACCGAUACCACACCCCCAGAGAAGCUCCCAUGCAAGACAUUCACUGUCAUGCGCCCUGCUAGUGGGUCAUAUCCGAUGCACUUUGAAGCAGAGGCAAAGCAGCAGCGCGGAACUAUCAUAAUGGAAAAGUCCGAGCAGUUUUUGCUUAGCAAGUUUUUGGCACUGUUUGAAAAGAUGGACCCCGAUGUGAUCAUGGGUCACCAGCUACAGGAUGUUGACUUGGGCAUUCUUCUCAGCAGAAUGCGCGAGAAGAAGACGCCUGGCUGGCACCGGAUCGGACGUCUCAGACGCGGUGAUUGGCCCAAGCAUUUCAACAAGGGAGGCAACUUCUUUGCGGAGAGACAAUUGAUCGCUGGAAGAUUGAUGUGUGAUAUUGGCAAUGAUAUGGGCAAGUCUCUCAUGAUGAAGUGUCAAUCAUGGAGUUUGAGCGAAAUGUGCCAGCUCUACCUUGGCCCAGGCAAUGCACGACAGGAACUGGACGUUGAAGCUGCCCUGAAGACUUGGGCGAACACAAAAGAAGGCCUCAUGAACUUUGUCAAUCAUUGUGACAUGGAUACAUAUUUUGUUGCUGCAUUGGUUCUACGCCUCCAGAUGCUGCCGCUGACAAAAGUUUUGACUAACAUUGCUGGUAACUCGUGGGCACGCACGCUGAGUGGUACCCGUGCUGAACGGAACGAAUACAUUCUGCUGCACGAGUUCCAUCGCAACAAGUACAUCUGUCCCGACAAGUAUUCCUCCCGGCUUCAGAAGGCAGAGGAACAGAGCCAAGAAGGAGAUGACGACGAGGCUGUUGACAAGAAAAAGAAAGACAAGUUCAAGGGUGGUCUUGUCUUCGAGCCUGAAAAGGGUCUUUACGACAGAUUCAUCCUUGUCAUGGAUUUCAACAGUCUGUACCCCAGUAUCAUUCAGGAGUACAACAUCUGCUUUACUACUGUUGACCGAACAGCCACGUCUGAGAAUGAGAACGAGGAAAAGGUGCCCGAUGUUCCGUCCUCGGAUCAGGAGCAAGGUCUUCUUCCUCGGUUGAUUGCCACAUUGGUCGGUCGUCGACGCGAAGUGAAGAAGUUGAUGAAGGACAAGCGCGCCACACCCGAACAACUGGCAUUAUGGGACACCAAGCAGCUGGCCUUCAAAUUGACUGCCAACUCCAUGUACGGAUGUUUGGGAUACACACAGAGUCGAUUCUACGCCCGACCUUUGGCAAUGCUCACCACCUUCAAGGGACGUGAGAUUCUGAGAAACACCAAGGAAUUGGCAGAAAGCCAACAGUUGCGGGUCAUCUAUGGUGAUACUGACUCCGUCAUGAUCAACACGAAUAUGGAGAACAUGAGUGAUGCUCUCAAAGUUGGCGAGGAAUUCAAGAAAGCAGUCAAUGAACGGUAUCGAUUACUCGAGAUCGACAUUGACAAUGUCUUCCGUCGGCUUUUGCUUCACGCGAAGAAGAAGUAUGCCGCUGUCAAUCUGACUGAAGUGGAUGGCAAGUAUGUCGAGAAGCUCGAGGUCAAGGGUCUUGACAUGAAGCGACGUGAAUACUGUGCUCUGUCGAAGGAAGUUUCGUCAAAGCUUCUCAACGAGAUUCUUUCUGGAGAAGAUCAAGAGGUCGUUCUCAACAAGGUCCACGAGUACCUGCGUGAACUGGCGGAGAGGAUGAAGGAAUACACGAUACCUGUCCAGAAAUACGUGAUCUACACUAAACUCUCAAAAAGACCUCAGGAAUACCCCAACAAGGAAAGCAUGCCUCCCGCUCAAGUUGCCUUGCGGGACAUUGCCAGAGGCAAAAAUGUUCGACCAAACGAUGUCAUCUCAUAUAUUGUGACCAAUGGAGACUCGGAAACAUCGUCUCUGCCACCCGCCAAACGAUCGUACAGCCCACAAGAUGUGAUGAAGAGCGACUCGGGAUUGAAACCGGAUGUCGAGUUCUACAUUCUGAAGCAGAUCUUCCCUCCCAUUGAGCGUCUCUGCGCCCCCAUUCCAGGAACUGACGCCGUCCGCCUUGCUGAAUGCUUGGGUCUCGACACACGCAAGUACCAGAUCAACACUUCCAGCUCCAACAGUCAACAAAAUGCGGAAAUCACACCUCUCGAAUCCCAGAUCCCAGACUCGGUCCGAUUUGCCAACGCCACUCGACUCUCCUUGAAGUGCCGGUUCUGCAAGGAGCGCUCCGUGUUUGAAGGGCUGGUAGUUUCAUCUGACAUGUGCACCGCCCAUGGCAUCGUUUGCUCAAACCAAGCCUGUCAAAAACCGUUCUCAGUUUUGAACAUCGUCGCUCAAGUCGAGAACCAGAUCCGCGAACAGACUUCACGAUACUAUGAAGGGUGGCUGGUGUGUGAUGAUUCAUCGUGUGGAAACCGCACCCGGCAGAUCAGUGUCUACGGACACCGCUGUCUAGGUCCCCGGGGUCGCGCAGAAGGCUGUCUGGGUCGCAUGUCGUAUGAAUUCUCGGAGAAGGCAAUCUACAACCAGCUUCUCUACUUCGCCGGUCUCUGGGAUGUCGACAAGGCUAAGAUCUCCGCCGAAAAGGAAACGGGCGAAAAGAAGGACAGCAUUGCUGCUCUUGCCGAGUUCAACCGGACUAGAUUUGGUACUGUCAAAGGCGUGGUUGAUAGCUAUCUGAAGAAGUGUGGUCGACAGUGGGUCGAGAUGGAUGGCCUGUUCCGCUUCAUGUUGCAAUAG